AAAAUAUAUAAAAAAUUCAAGAACUCAAAAAUGAACUCUAUUGAAAGAAUGUACCCAGCUAUGAGUGCAGAAGAGUUAUCAAAUAUUAUUUUAAAUGGAAAAGGUGUCAAUUCAAUGUCAUCAUUAUUGGAAAAAGAUGCAGGCUUUUGCUCAGGAAGCUCAGAGCAUGAAGAUGAUCAUCAUUCGCAUGAUGGACUUCAUAGUCCAACAGAUGCAUCUGAAGACUCAGUUGAGGUGAAAUUUACACCGAUUCUUAAAAAUAAAAGAAAAAGCUCCGAGCCAUCACGUGUUUUGCCUGAUCCCGAUCAAGGUCCAUUAAAGAAGCGCUUCCGAUAUGAAGAAUCGAGAAUACAAAAGUCUGAAACAAUCACAAAUAAUAAUAACAAUCAUCUCCAUCGACCUUGGGCCCUUGCCGCAGCAGCUGCACAUUUACAGCAACAACAACAACAACAUCAUUCAAAUCCAGCUGAUAUUCUUUUGAGGCAUCCCGGUGUCACGACUCUCCAUCGUGCAAUCAUUGACACCGAGCAAGAUCAGCCACUUGCGUUGAUUUCAAAGAAGCCUUCAACUUCAAUUAGCAGUAGCAAUAGCAGUAAUAAGAGUCAAUAUCAUCAUCAGCCACAACACCACAUGAUGUCAUAUGAGAACUCAAUUGAAAGCUUAAUUAAGAAGACCCAAAUUAAUAAACUUCAAGCAAAAGCACUUGAUGCAUCAUCAACAGCAGCUGUGACACAAAUGACCUCCUCAGACUUCCCCUCACCACCAUCAUCAACAUAUAUACCUCAAGCACCUCCAUCAGAGAUUUCAUCACCGCCAUCCGUCAUUAUGGGCAAGUCGAAAUCAUCACAACGUAAUUAUAAGAAUAUGACUCGUGAGAGGCGAAUUGAGGCAAAUGCACGUGAACGGACACGAGUUCAUACAAUCUCAGCAGCAUAUGAUACAUUAAGAAAAUCCGUACCGUCUUACGCAAGCACUCAAAAAUUAUCAAAAUUAUCCGUGUUAAGAAUCGCAUGUUCCUAUAUUAUGACACUAAGUCGAUUGGCUGGUGAAGACUACUCAAUUGAUCAAAGCUCACCGCCUGUUCAAGAAUGUGUAGAUGCUGUCACACGAACAAUUCAGACUGAAGGCAAACUCCGACGGAAGAAGGAUGAAUAAAUAAAUAUGAAAAUUUAUUUUUUUAAGAUGCACAACUUCCAGUGAAUGAGUCUCGCUGAUGCCCGACUUGAACAUUAUUGAAAUGGAUGUCACAUGACCACCAGAGCUUCCAUUGCUGUCAAAGCUGCCACACGUGUCAUAUGCAGCUCGGGUCGAAUUUUAGAAUAUUUUUGUUGAUUCUUAUUUUUAUAUAAAAAAAAAAGAGCUUCCAACUGGUUUGGAAAUAUUGAACGCUUAUUGAGUUGAUUUUUGUGGGACUUACCGCUAAUUAAAACACUGUAAAUAUUAACGCGAAAGGAUAAAGCGAGUCAAUUGAUUAUUAUGAUUGUUUAAGUUUAAACAAUUACAAGGACGUGACUUUGCAAAAAA